GAUUCAUUAUUUUAAAUACAUUUGUUAUUUGGACGGAUAUUAUGGCAGACGGAGAAAACCCAUCUGUUACGCGUUUUAGAGAAUAUUUACGCAUAAAAACAGUUCAACCUAAUCCAGACUAUGAGUCUUGUAAAAAAUGGCUUUUAAAUCAAGCAAAAGAUAUAGGUUUAACUUCGCAAGUUUUUGAGUAUGUUAAGGGAAAACCAAUAAUUUUGCUAACUUGGACUGGUCGUGACCCAGAAUUACCUGCUAUACUUUUGAACUCUCAUACUGACGUAGUGCCAGUAUUUGAGGAUAAAUGGUCAUGUGAUCCAUUUGAAGCUUAUAAACGUGAAAAUGGUGACAUUAUUGCAAGGGGAGCACAAGAUAUGAAAUGUGUCGGAACAAGCUACCUCGAAGCUAUUAGGUGUCUUAAGGAUCAAGAUAAACAGCCAUGUCGAACAAUUCACCUUUCUUAUGUUCCUGAUGAGGAAAUUGGAGGUCAUGAUGGAAUGAAACUCUUUGUUAAAUCAGAAGAUUUUAAAAAGCUAAAUAUUGGAUUUGCAUUAGAUGAAGGAAUCGCAUGUCCUCAUAAUGCUUUAAAAGUAUUUUAUGGAGAGAGAACUACAUGGUGGAUUGAUGUUAUAACGAGAGGUAACACGGGUCAUGGUUCACAGUUUAUUAAUGAUACUGCCGUAUCCAAAUUGCAUCGAAUCAUCAAUAAACUUUUGAGUUUCCGUGAAUCUCAAGAAAUGCAAUUAGAAAUAGGAAGAGACAGAAGUGGAAGAAAAUAUACACUUGGAAAUGUGACAAGUAUCAAUCUUACCAUAUUACAAGCUGGUGCUCAAUAUAAUAUAAUUCCACAAGAGGCAAAGGCUGGAUUUGAUAUUCGUAUAUCACCAGAUGUUAAUUUGAAAGAUUUUAAAGAAUUAUUAGAAAAACUUAUUAAAUCUGAAUCCGAUACUACAUUAGAAUACGUUCAUUAUCAUGGUGAUAAUAGUUGUACUCCGCUUGAUGAUAGUAAUGUUUGGUGGGUUACAUUCCGCGAUUUUUGUGAUGUGAGAAAUAUUUCUAUUGAACCAGAAAUCUUCCCUGCUGCUACCGAUUCACGUUAUCUUCGUGAAUUUGGUAUUCCAGCUUUGGGAGUAUCUUAUAUUAAAAAUACUCCUGUAUUAUUACAUGACCAUGAUGAACGUAUAAAUGAAAAUCUGUUUCUGGAAGGUAUUGAAUUUUAUACCGACUUAAUUACUCAUUUGGCAAAUAUUCAAACUAUUUAAUUAAAAUUAUUAUAUAAAUAAAUUUGUAUAAAGUUUUUGUUUAAUGAUUCUUUUUAU